AUAUUACUAUUGUUCAUGUUUUUUUUUUUCAAAAAUAAUAAAAAAAAUGAAAUUUAAAUUAAUUAUACUUUACACACUCUCUUUUGUUUGCAAAGUUGCCAUUUCAGUAAAUUCAACAUUUGAAAAGGGCAUUCGAAAGUUCUACAAUACAGCUGACCAUAACCAAGGUUUUCCCAUUUGUGGAAAUUGUACAAACAUAAAAAACGUGCAUAAAAAUACAGGAUUUACAUGCCAUUUCGAAGAUGAAAGACAGGUGGAAAAUAAGUUUGGCGAGACAGAUGAUAAAUAUGCGCAUUGUGUGCCAAAGGACUACGUUAUCCAUGGUGAAGUUAAAAACUAUUGCUGCUUUUGGUCGCCGAAAUCGGGAUGUUCAGCUGUCAUCGGAAGGCUUUUGUUCGAUAAAAGCUCCGAUUAUUGCGAUACUUGCAGGGGAUCUUGUUCCGGAUUGAAAUAUUCCGCCGACUCAGUGGGAAGCAAUAAGAUUCCGGAAUAUGGGUUCAUAAUGGCAAUGCUUAUUUCCGAACUGUGGAUUUGGUAGGGCGGAUCACUA